AUGGGGAUACCUGGAAAGUUUAGAACCAUUCAGAGUAUUUCAACUUCCUUUUCCACCCAGAUCGGCAGACUGGUUAUUGGACAGAAUGGUAUUUUAUCCACACCUGCUGUUUCAUGUAUCAUCCGGAAGAUCAAAGCAGCUGGUGGAAUUAUCCUAACAGCUAGCCACAGUCCUGGGGGACCUGGAGGAGAGUUUGGAGUCAAGUUUGAGGUUGCUAAUGGAGGACCUGCUCCAGAUAUGGUUUCAGAUAAAAUCUAUCAAAUCAGCAAAACCUUGGAGGAAUAUGCCAUUUGUCCCGAUCUCAAAGUUGAUUUAUCACGCCUAGGAAGACAAGAAUUUGAUCUGGAGAACAAAUUCAAACCUUUCCGAGUGGAAAUUGUGGAUUCUGUGGAUAUCUACCUCAAUCUCCUUCGAAGUAUCUUUGACUUCAAUGCGAUCAGAAAUUUGCUGACCGGACCCAACCAGAUUAAAAUACGGAUUGAUGCCAUGAAUGGAGUUAUGGGACCUUAUGUGAGAAGAAUCCUGUGUGAUGAAUUGGGAGCUCCUGCAAAUUCUGCCAUAAACUGUAUUCCUCUGGAGGAUUUUGGUGGACAGCCUCCUGAUCCCAAUUUAACAUACGCAACUGCCUUGCUGGAGGCUAUGAGAGGUGGCGAGUAUGGAUUUGGAGCUGCUUUUGAUGCUGACGGAGACCGCUACAUGAUCCUUGGCCAAAAUGGUUUCUUUGUUAAUGCGUCGGAUUCAUUGGCUAUAAUUGCUGCCAAUCUGUCUUGCAUUCCAUACUUUUGUCAAAUGGGUGUCCGAGGAUUUGGCAGGAGCAUGCCUACCAGCACAGCCCUGGACAAAGUGGCAAAAAUAAUGAAGGUUCCUGUGUAUGAGACACCAACAGGAUGGAGAUAUUUUUCCAAUCUUAUGGACUCUGGACGUUGCUCGCUUUGUGGAGAGGAAAGCUUUGGCACUGGGUCUGAUCACCUUCGAGAGAAAGAUGGACUAUGGGCUGUGCUAGUGUGGCUUUCAAUCCUAGCAGCUCGAAAGCAGAGCGUGGAGGAGAUUGUCAGGGAUCACUGGGCAAAAUUUGGCCGGCACUACUACUGCAGGUUUGAUUAUGAAGCACUGGAACCCAGAACAGCAUAUUUCAUAAUGAGAGACCUGGAAGCUUUGAUCACUGACAAAUCGUUCAGCCAUCAGCAGUUUGCUGUGGGUAACAAUAUCUACAGUGUGGAAAGAACAGACAGCUUUGAGUACAUAGAUCCUGUGGAUGGCACUGUGACCAAAAGACAGGGGCUGCGGAUUAUUUUUUCAGAUGCUUCCAGGCUUAUCUUCAGAAUGAGUGCUUCUAGCCAUGUGAGAGCUACUCUCCGGAUCUACGCAGAGAGCUAUGAAAAGGAUCCUAGCCAACACAAUAAGGAACCACAGGCUGUGCUGAGUCCUCUUAUAGCAAUCGCACUGAAAAUAUCUCAGAUUCAUGAGAGGACAGGGCGAAAGGGACCCACUGUCAUCACCUGAAGCCACAGAAGAGUGUUAAACCAGGGCCAAAAGAGGAACAGCAAGGAAGAGACAGGACCUUGCUGAAACAUGUUAGCCAUUUGUGCCUUGUAUGAUUUUAAAAGUUUUCUUGGGGAUAGAGGUAGAGGGGGAAGAAAAUUCAAUAUAACAUUGAGCAUAUUCAUUUGCAUUGAUCUCCAAAUACAAUAGUGUAUUGACUUCUUUGUUUUACCUGCAAUAUCUUAAUUUCAGAUAAC